GUCACCGUCUUCGCCUCCUCCACGCCGCAGACGGCGCCCGCGUACGUCGAGGCGUCGGCCGCCUUCGGCCGCGGCAUCGCCGACGCGGGCUGUAUAGCCGUAUUCGGCGGCGGCAACGCCGGCUGCAUGGGCGCCUUCUACGAGGCGGUGCUCGCGGCCGGCGGCCGCGUGCGCGGCAUCACGCACCGCAUGUUUGUCAAGCCGGGCGGCUCCUCGCUCUCCGAGGAGAACGCAGCGGCGCUCGAGUCGCUCGAGAUCGUCGAGGGCUCGGACCUGACCAUGCGCAAGCGGAGGCUGCUCGACGCGGGAGACUGCCUCGUCACCCUACCCGGCGGCGUCGGCACCUUUGACGAGCUCUUCAUGGCAGUCGCCGAGGUGGGUGUCGGCUGCGGCUCGCUGCCGGUGCUGCUGCUCAACGUCAACGGCUACUAUGAUGGCGUGAUCGCGCAGAUGCAGCGCGCGUUCGACGACGGGAUGCUACGCCACCCUGUGGCGCACUACUACAGCGUUGCAAGCACGCCGCAGGAGGCGGUCGCGUGGUGCCUCAAGCAGACG